AUGCUGGGUUUGACUGUUGAUUUCUCAGAUGAUACAGAACUACGCCACGGGCUUUCAGUUUCUGAACAGGCGUUUGUCUUAUGUUGCGGGUACGUUCUUGUGCACCAUUCACAUUACCGUCUAUUGACUGAUAGAGACAUCCACCGCCUGUCCCAUCCACAUGAUGACUUAACUGAUGAGCAGUCGCUUGCAUUCGUAACUGCCAUCAUUCGCUCUGUUUCGACUGAAAUCGAAGAAAAAUCAAACAAUAUUGGCGAACCGGAAAAUUCUAAAUUCACCUCAGUCUCGUGGCCCUUGCUUACUGAAGCUUUGUUUAAACGGGGGUCUUUGGAGAAACGUUCCUUUGCUCGUGUCGAGAGGGCUCUCCGACAAAUGGAGGAACUCACUAAUCAGUUCUCAGCUAAGACGCCUGAGGUAGAACGAAGGGGCUUGGAGCACUUUUUCUGGUCACGAAUGCCCGCUUGUUGGCAAAUCGAGCUUUCGCACGCUAAACUUCUCACAAGAAUCGGGUCAACCAAAAGUGCUCUCGAUAUUUACCUCCGCUGGCAACAAUGGGAUGAUAUCAUCGCAUCAUAUACGGCACUUGGUAAACGAGAUCUGGCUGAAAAAGUCAUCCGUGAACGUAUUGCAAGCGGACACGAGACUCCAGAUCUCUACUGCUGUCUUGGUGAUGUGACUGGAGAUCGAUCACAUUACGAAACUGCUUGGGAGCAUUCCAAACAUAGAUCGGCCAGAGCCGUCCGGACUCUUGGAUACCUUGCUUUCAAACUAGACAAGGUCGCCGUAGACGAAGGCGCUUUUGGGGACGCAAUAACUGCCUAUCACCGACUAAUUGACUUGCGCCAGAAGCACACCGAUCCCCAGGUUCUUGGAAUGCUUACAAAGGCAGUUUGUGAAAACCUGCCUGAUAAUGCCAACAAUGGAGCUGCUAGACAUUUUGAAAAACUUCUCGUUCUCUUUGGUCGUGCCACAGCUACGAAUCCGUCAGAUGCUGAUACUUGGCGACACUAUGCGACUCUUAUUCUCAAUGGAACUGUUAAAUUGGACGCGGUUAUGUACCAGCGGGCAGUCCAGUGUCUUCAGAAGUGCUAUCAAUGUCGUCUUCGAGCGGCGGCCAAAGGCUGGGAGUUGGAUAAGAAGGCACGGGGUGAUCUUCUUGGAGAUCUGCAGGCCUUGUCAAAGGUCCUCCUUUCCAAUAGCAUUCCAACCGAGCCCGAAACAGAAACAUUUUUGAAAUCUGCCCUUUCUUCUCUUCGACUAAGUCUUAACACGUUUUCCUCGCGCCUCAAGGCAACAGAGAAGAUUACGAUGCCAUUAUUUCGUGUAGCAACACGAAAAAUACCGUUUCAUUGUCAUGGUCGCCGUUUCUCUAUUGCCAAGUCGUCUUCGUCGAUAGAUUUUCAUCAAUUGGAUAAUGUCAACUUUACCGAACGGAUGCGUAAAAAUCUGGUCGAUCGAAAUUCCGAUGUAGACUUCAAUAACCUGUUGUCGAUUUAUCGUCGGUUUCAGAACGGUGAAAAAGAUCUCCGGCCAAAGUUAGAGCGUCUUUUCCUCUCCCUACCAAAUUUUAGUCAUCCAGAUACUCCCGUUGGAGACCCAAGCAAAUACCGCCUCAUCUACCGUCACGGCUCACCAAAGUCGAUCCCCCAACCGAGAAAUGAGGUUGAGCUGCUCUCCAAUGGUGUGGUUUCGCACAUGCCACGAAAACAGGGACAUCAAACGGGUCUUGGCGUGUUGGGGGCUCCCAGGUCUAUUGUGGGCGGCUGCGGUCCCCGCUCGUAUGCUUUCUUCGGGAGUCUCGCGCGCCUGGAAUCUGCACUCAUUCAACUCACCCUAGAUCGAACCAGACGUGCGGGAUUUCGGCUUGUCGUGGUGCCUGACGUGCUUCCUGCAUCAGUUAUCGAAUGCUGUGGGUUUCCGACAAGCGGUGAGCGUAAUCAGAUUUUUAAAAUCGGACGCAUGAGUGCAGACGAUCCUGCUGUUGGACAGCAGUAUUGCUUAUCAGGAACAGCGGAAAUGGGACUUGCGGGUUUCUGUGCUGACAAUGUCUUUGGUGGUGGCGGCGCCGACGCGGAGUUCUUAUGUGCGGUCAGCCGCUGCUACCGUCGCGAAAUCUCCCCCCAAGAAUCCUUGCUUUACCGAACACACCAGUUCACGAAGGUUGAAAUAUUCUGCGUUGCACGACCUUCCAGGGAAGCUGGCGACAGGACUUUCGACAAAAUCAUUGACUUUCAAUCGCGCCUCUACUCUGACCUCGAAUUGCAUUUUCGUGUUCUAGAAAUUCCUACGAGUGAACUCGGUAACCCUGCCCACCGAAAAGUCGAUAUCGAAGCACUUAUGCCUGGUGAAGGAAUGUAUGGGGAGAUCUCUAGCACAUCCAACUGUACUGAUUACCAAGCCGCUAGACUCAAUAUCCGAUGGAAGGAAGACGACGUAGCUGAGGUGAAUCCGUUUGCCUACACGUUAAAUGGCACUGGUUGUGCCGCUACCCGCAUUUUGAAGGCGCUUGUCGAAACACACCAGAACACCGAUGGAAGUAUAAAUCUGCCCCGUGUUCUGUGGCCUUAUAUGAACGGAAUCCAAAAGCUGCAGAUGGAGGAAUCACCACUGAUGAUGUAUUAA